AUGGCUCAGCAAGAGCCAUCGCACCCCAAGGCCGAUAAAAGCCCCUUUGCUCCAUGCCCCCCACGCAUCGAGCAGGAGAGCGCUGCCCUGCCACGCGUGGGGUGGGAUCGGGGGGACCCCUGGCUCCGCUUCGCCCCCCCAUUCUCUCCUGCCAGGGGCCGUGUGCCCAGCGCCGUGGAGCGGCUGGAGGCCGACAAGGCCAAAUACGUCAAAUCCCAGCAGGUCAUCAACAGCCGGCAGGAGCCGGCGCUGCGGGGCUGCUCGCCCCGGCUCUCCCCCCGCGGCCGGCGCCUCCUCGCCCGUCAGCAGUGCAAUGAGUUGUGUCAGGGCUCGGAGCUGGGCCGGGAGGGCCCCCGGAAGCUGCCGUGCCCCCAGUCCCCCGUGUCGCGCCGGGCCGGCGGCAGGCGCCUGCUGAGACCUGACUCCCUCAUCAUCUACCGGCAGAAACGGGACUGCCCAGGGGGGGACAAGGAGAACGCCAAGGGCUCCGGGCUGGUGCGACGCCUCUUCCAGGGACCCCUCAGAGACAAGCCCCCCAGCUCCCCCCCAGCCAGGGGGCUGGAUGAGGGGCCACCAGCCCCCCAGAGCCCCGAGACCGCCAUGCUGUGGGUGCCCAUGGAGAAGGAGGAGGUGCGGACACCCGGUGCCGGCAGCGGCGGUGGCAGUGGUGGCAUCUUCCCUCUGCCCAGCAGCCCGGUGGCGCAGCCCCCCCAGCCCCCCAGCAAGCAGGCGCUGGCUCUGCGCGUCUCUCUGCCGCUCUCGGAGAAGGAGCGAUUCUUCAACUACUGCGGGCUGGACCGGGCGCUGGUGGAGCUGCUGGGGCGGGAGCGGUUCGGGCCGGCGGGCUGGGACAACGCCUCAGCUCGGUUCCCCGGAUCCUGCGAGUCGGAGCCCGGGCAGGCCUCGGAGGGCAGCGAGGGGGACGCGGGGCCGGGCGAGGAGGAGCUGGACACCCGGCUAGGCUCUGCCGUCUCGGUGGUGGAGCGCAAUGCCCGCGUUAUCAAGUGGCUCUACGGCUGCCAGAGAGCCUGGGCGGCUGCCAAGGAGUCCACUGUCUGA